AUGGAAAAAGGAGAAACAAGUAAUUCUAAACAAAGAAGAAAACGUGAAGAGAGUUGGAAUCCUCGUAGUUCUUGGGAAAACUAUGAAAAUGAAACUAUGAAUCAAAGAGGUUAUGCAAAGGCUAGUGGAAAAUGGACAAAAGUUGCGGAAGAAUUUAAACCUUACUAUGAUGAAAAUAAAUCUAAAAGAUUAUUAAACUUAGACUGUGUAAGAAAUCCAGAGGAUAUACUACAAAGGUGGUCUAAUGAUAUGAUUAUGCUUAUAGCAACCGAUGAACAAUUUUCUAAGAUAAACCUAAAGGAUGUCAAGAAUUUAAUAGCUUAUAGAACAACAGGAAAUGUGCUGAAAUUCUUAACAAGUAUUAAUGAUGAAACAUGGAAUCAAUAUAUAGGAAUGGUAGAAAAUAAUAAUCAACAAUUUGCUAAACUAAUAAUGGAAUUAAUAUAUAAAGAAUUCAUAGGCUACAACACUCUUGAACAUAAAACAGAAGUAAAUAAAAUUUUGCGAGAAAAGGCAGAAAUUCAUCUAAUUAAUAUGCAGAUGGUGACCGAGAUAGAAGUGCCCCAUCAUUUUGAGAAGGAUGUUGCUCUGCAGAUGGCUACUAAGGCGAGUGCUACGAGUGAUAUGGAGGUUACUUCUUCGGUUGGGACAAAUGGACUGGUUGCCGUUGAAGGUGCCUACCCAUGGGAGGAAGCUGAAGAAGUUCAUAGGAUAACACAUGAAGAUAAACAUAACUUUAGAUAG